AUGCUACGAAAUUUAUUUUUCCUAGGACUGCUUGGUUGUAUACUGUCAGGAGUAUUCCUUUUUCUACGUAAAGAUUUGAAAGAAGAAAUUGAUAUUAGAACAUUUAUUUUGCCCGAUCCACCUGAGUUGGUUGGUCCUCUUGCACCAAACACUGUUUUACAGAACAGUGAGUACGUUCUCAAAAAUCAAAUAGUAGGUCCGGAGUCUCUGGUUGUUGAUGAAAAUCAUAUCUAUGCCACACUGCAUUCCGGAGAAAUAGUGAAGAUUAAAGAUGGGAAAAUUGUCGAAAGAUUAAGAUUGCGCCAGCAACAAGGAUGCGGUUCUUUCGAAGCUGAGCCCCGCUGUGGAAGACCUUUAGGAUUGAGAAGGGUAAAAAAUGAGGUGUUCGUAGUUGUCGAUGCUUACUUUGGACUAUUUUUGGUUGAUAUGUCUAAAAAAAAUUCAACCCUUCUUGUGGAUAGCAGAAUACCCAUCGAUGGCAAGCCAUUGAAAUUCCUGAACGAUUUAGAUAUUAUAAACGAAGACGAAAUCAUAUUUAGUGACAGCUCACCCAAAUGGGAAAGACGAAAUGUUAUGAGAAUUCUAUUGGAAAAUGUUCCAGAAGGAAGAGUAUUACUACACAAAAUAUCUACAAAGGAAACUAAAGUUCUAGUAGACAAUCUCUAUUUCCCAAAUGGAAUACAAUUAACCAGCGAUAAGCAAAACGUCCUGAUAUCUGAAUGUUCAAUGGCAAGAAUUAAGAAGUUGAAUUUAAAAACUCUCAAGCUUAGUACUUUUGCUGAGAACUUACCAGGAUUACCUGAUAAUAUCCGAGCUGAUGAUAGUGGAAAUAUUUAUGUUGCUUUAGCAUCUGUACGUCACAGUGAGAAGAAAUCCUUAUUAGAAAGAAUAGGAGGCUUUACGAAUUUACGUUAUUUCCUCGUUAAGAUGUUUGAUGGGAGGUUCUGGAAUCCAAUCUUCGAAUACGUUUCUACGAAGUAUGGAAUCAUUUUAGUCUUCAAUGAGUCUGGAAAAAUUACAAAGUCUUACCAAGAUCCAACUGGGCAAGUGGUUACAGAUGUUUCUCAAGCUGUGCGAUUAGGAAAUCAUCUUUACCUUGGGAGUUUCCGACAUGCUCACAUAGUGAAAGUGAAACUUAACGAUUGA